UUUGGAACAACCAAACAGGAAUUCAUUCAAUGACUUUUUAAUUGAUGAUUCUGAUGAGGAGGAAGAGGGCGAGGACGAGGCUUUUGGGACUUUGGAAAGUUAUGUCUUUCCCGUGGAAGAAGUGGAUCUGGCCGUCCUUUUAAGUGACUUCAGAAAGGAAUUCGUUUCUGAUGGCCUAGUCAGUAAUAUCUGCAUCAGGAGGAAGAAACUUCUUGAGAGUGCAAUAAAAGCCAUCUCAAGGGUUACAUUCUACUGGAACAAUUCCCCCUACAUAGAAUUUGUAGGAGAAGAUGGAGAUGACAUGGGUGGACCACAGAGAGAGUUUUUCAGACUCUUGAUGAUAGAAGUACAAACAACCAUGGGAAUAUUCGAGGGAAAGGCUGGUCAGGUCUUCCUUACCUAUGACCAAGCGGCAUUAGAUGGCCACAAGUAUUUCCAAGCAGGCCGCCUAAUUGCGUGGUCAGUGGCACACGGAGGUCCGUGUAUCAAAGCCCUGGAUCCCAGCCUGUACCAGCUGAUGUGCGGCCAGGAGGCUCAACUGGAGCAAUUUGACUGCAGUGUGCUGCCUGAUCCGGAUGUUCAAAGCAGAGCAAAAAGGAUCCUACAGUGCAAGACUGCAGAGGACCUGUCUGCCCUCCAGCAAGACUUGGGGGACUGGAUCUCUGAGUGUGGCGUCCCUGGCAUCUUCAGUGCCACUAUCGGAGAAAUUCCGAAGAUUUAUUCCUAUGUAGUUAAGCACUACAUAUUUCUCAGAACGGCCAAGAUGGUGAACCAAUUCACGGAGGGCAUGAAUGCUUUUGGGAACCUGUGGGACCUGGUCAGGAACAACUGGAUUGCCUUCCUUCCCUGCUUCACCAACAUGAGGACCCCGCUGACAAAAUCCUCCUUUAAGGCCAUAUUAAAAUAUGAAUACAGUCCAAGAGGAACAAAUCACCGGGAAAAAGAGGAGGACACAAUAUACAGCUGGGAGUUGGUCCUAAACCUCAUCGAAGACAAACUGACUGAACUGACAUUUGAGGACCUGCUGAUUUUCAUCACUGGGGCAGAUGAAGUUCCAACGCUUGGCUUUCCAAACAAGCCCUCCAUUGACUUUUAUACACAGGAGGCCGGCGUGCGUCGUUUGCCAUAUGCCUCAACCUGUGCUAUGACGUUGUUCCUACCAAGAGGCAUCACAGAGGAACAAGAGCUUCACAACAUACUGAACCAGUCAGUGAAAGACUCGUUGGGCUUUUUAAAGGUCUAG